UCAGGUUGUGGAGGUGGACCUCUUGUUGGAGAGCUGGUCAAAAAUACAGCAGGAAGGCCAGCUCAGUUCAGGGUGAAGAUGAGGCUCAGGGUACUGAUACAGCGGCAGUACUAUCUAGAAGAAGUCCUGAUGAUCAGAAUUCACUACAGCAGUUCAUCUGUACUAUAGAGAACCACAAUCAUCAGGAACCUUCAGGCAGUGACCCUGAAGUCUCUCCUGCAGCAGAGGAACAUCUUGCUGUUCAUCCUGAUGCAGAUGUCCUCCAAUCACCAGUAUGGAGCGACAAUGUCGCUGAGACUCCAGUCGAUACCGCAUCAGACAUUGACAUUGCCCAGGCUCCAGUCCUUUGUACUGCAUCUGACUGGAGCAUCAGUGCCGGCCUGACUCUAGCCUUUACCACAUCGAACUGGAGUGGGGAUUUCGUCCAGACGUCAUCUGACUGGAACAUUUAUGCUGGCCUGACUUCAGCAUGCACCAUGUCAGACUGGAGCACUGAUAUCACACAGACUCCAUCACGCACUGCAUCAAACUGGAGCGCUUACGUCACCCAGAAUCCUGUAAGCACAGUGUCAGACUGGAACAUUGACAUCACCCAUAAUCCAGACCGCACCGCUUCUGAUUGGAGCACCGAUAUCGUUCAGACUCCAGUCCGGCGCACCCCUUCCAACUGGAGCAACGACAUUGCCCAGACUCCAGUCUGCACCACAUCAAACUGGAGCGUCAAUGUCAUCCAAACUUCAGUUAGUUCCACAGAGGUCCCUGUGUCACCUCUGACAAGGAAGCUGGAGAAAAAUGGAAAGAUGAAAAUUGAGGUCAUCAAUUCCUGCCACUAUGUGAUCGGCGACAUGCUGGGUGAAGGGACUUUUGGAGCUGUGUAUGAGGGGAGUCGUCUGCAGGAUGGCUUUAAGGUAGCAGUGAAAUAUGUCGCAAAGACUGAGAAUGUGGAAUACAUUAGUAUCCUGGGUCAUUCCAAGCCGCUUCCACUAGAGGUUGCACUGCACAUCCUCGCCAACAGAGGCCCCAGCAUUCCAGAAAUAAUCCAACUGCUGGACUGGCAGGACCAGCAUGACCAUUAUAUUAUGGUGAUGGAUUGCCCCUCACCCUGCGAGGACUUGUUUGAAUUUGCAGAACGCCGCGGAGGCAGCAUCGAUGAAAGCUUAGCUCGUGUCGUCAUGCGGCAGGCAACACAGGCUGCCUACAUGUGCUGCCGCCGUGGGGUUCUACACGGCGAUAUCAAACUUGAAAAUCUGCUCAUUAAUAAGGAGACCCAUGAAGUCAAGCUAAUUGAUUUUGGGUGUGGCGACCUCCUUAAGAAAUCGGCCUACAAGAUAUUCACUGGCACUGAUCAGUACUGCCCCCCGGAGUUUAAGGAGAAGGGUGAGUACAAUGGGAAGCCAGCAACAGUCUGGUCCCUUGGUGUUCUCUUGUUCGCAUUGAUAUGCGGGGUUUUUCCCAAUGCUGAUGACUUGAACAAGAUCAAUGCAAACAACUUCUCCAAAGCUGGCUUGUCAGAAGAAUGCUGCCAGUUGAUUAGUUCUUGUCUCCAGCAAGAGCCAGAGCAGCGGCUUCGAUUAAGUGAGAUUCUUCUCCACGACUGGUUCAAGGUCACAGGAGUGGAGAAGCUAAAAACAGCGUAAAGAAAAGGACAGGAACCCCUGGAGUGGUUCUGCAGUCGUGGCUUUGGCCGCCAAGAUCCCUAUCGUGGCUCCAGAGGUUCUUGUCAAAUCCACAAGAGCUAGUUCCUGUCUCCCUCCACAUCCCAAGAUGUUCCAAUCUGUUUGGCCCUAGUCAUAGCUGGUUCCGAAGGCUGCCCUCUUCCAAGGGAAUACGUUUGCCCUAAAGAUUUCUGCCCGAGAGCCAGUGGCAGAGAUCACACCACUUCCAAAGUUGGUGCCCUGGGACCACAGCUCCCUAUCUUGGGCUUCCUGGGUCCGAGUGAUUUGUGUCAGUGUGUCAGGAGGCGCUGUUUCCUGAUUAUGUUCACCUGAGUACUAAUGCUGCUGCCAAACCCUUUCUUUCUUCUGAAGAGAUCACAGCGACAGCUUUUUUCAAUGUACUGAGCUGGAUACAGUGCGUUUUGUGAAGUACAUGGUGUGUCCCGUGAAAAUGAAGAGGAUGGAGAUGAUGACAAGGAUGCCGAAGUGUUGUGGCUGGGGUGCAGAGAUGACCAUGAUGAAGUGCAGCAGGUCCAUCAGGACAAAGGCAUCUACUCACCAACUCGAGCUGUAAUGACUCCAAGGAACAGCAGGAUGAUGGAGACGUAAGACUCUGGUCCAGUCCCUGCUGGCGCAUUCUCAAACAGCACAGUAUUAUUGGUCCAGUGAAUGGAGGAA